GGGCAGCGGAAACUACGUCAUGCAUUCACGCCGUGUUUACUAACGGCGGCUAAACGGUCUAAGGACAUACAGCUGUUGUUGCUAUAAAUCACAUUAAUACAGCGAGGAGAUUUCAAAUAGCUGCAGAUGGCGGAUCCUGCUGUGGUGUCGGGAGGUUCUCUGAAUGCGGGAGUGCGUGGGGGUGCUGGUAAAGCCGCUUCCAGCCCUGCAGAGAACUACUACCUGGCCCGCCGUCGUACCCUGCAGGUCGUUGUCAGCGCCCUGCUGACCGAGUGUGGCUUUGAGAGUGCAGAGAAGGCAGCUGUGGAAACCCUCACUGAGAUGUUGCAGAGCUAUAUUACUGAAAUAGGUCGAUGCGCCAAAGCAUACUGUGAACACACAGCCAGGAGCGUCCCAACCCUGUCGGACACAGUGGUCACGCUUAUUGAAAUGGGUUUCAAUGUCAACACUCUGCCUGUAUAUGCUAAAAGAUCACAAAGGAUGGUCAUAACUGCCCCUCCGGUAACGAAUGCCCCAGUGACUCCCAAAGCGCUGUCUGCAGGACAGAAACGCACACAUCCGCCCCACAUCCCUGGCCACUUCCCAGAAUUCCCCGACCCUCACACGUAUAUCAAAACACCUACUUUCAGAGAGCCUGUGUCAGACUACCAAGUGGUGAGAGAGAAGGCAGCAACACAGAGGAGAGACGUGGAACGAGCCCUCACACGCUUCAUGGCCAAAACCGGAGAAACUCAAAGCCUGUUCAAAGAUGACAUCACUGCCUUCCCAUUAAUCGCAGCACGGCCGAUUGCCAUCCCAUAUCUCAGCGCCCUCCUGCCCUCAGAGCUGGAACUGCAGUCUCUGGAGGAGACAGACUCCUCUGAGCAGGACGACCAGACUGAUGGCGAGAACGCAACAGGAAACGUGAUCACUGAUGAUCCAGGAGCUGACAAAGAGAACUCGAUGCUUCCUCCCAGCGGCGUUGUUCCAUCCGCCAAGGCCAGCGAAGAGAACAUGAUCGACAACCCGUACCUCCGGCCGGUCAAGAAACCCAAAGUGAGGAGGAAGAAAUGAGACCGCUUAAAGCAGCAGACUCAUAUUUGCCCCAGUCUUUGGUGCUUACAGCAGUCCAGUCAGCGAUUCCCUCCACAGAGAGGAGCGGCCCAGGUUGAAACCUGCUGCGUGAGCCAAGACCAGCGGCUGCUUUGCCUCAAUAGUGGGACCAGUACUGCAGACAGACUUCUACAGGAGAUCCCUCAUUUUGUUGUUAACUGUCACUUUUUUCAGCAAGCACUCACUUUGUUUAAAAUUUUGUGCGACAUACAGGAAUCCUGUCAUUUUGUAAUUAAAGGAAAAUGAGUUUCUUUAAAAAAACAAAACAGACACUCAACUUUUCGACACUUUUUAAUCACAUUUUGUCAUUGUUUUGUCAAUGGCAAAUUUAAAGGGAAAAAAUGUUUUAAAAAGUCAACAUCUUUUUGCUUUGUCAGGGUCACGAUAAGCUUCCAUGCUUGCGCUUUAGCGUUAAUAGUACAAACUCAGGUAGGCCGCUCUGUUCCUCUGCUUAAGGUUCUCCUUUUCACUGGGAAGCUGUGAGGAAAAAACAAGGGUGUCAGCAGUUUUAGUGUGGAGCUGUGUACACCUAUCCUCAGCCCCAAAUUAAAGGCUCACGAGCUUUGAGCUGAUAGGUUUUUCUGAGUAACGAUGCACAGACUGAGCACGUGUCAGUAAGUUUGCAAACGUGCUUCACUCACCUUCACCCUGAGUGACGACUUCUUUAGCUGAGGCAGUCUGGACCAGUCUGGUCUCCCAAAGCACAUCGGCCAGCUCACUUUCCUGUUUGUCCCUCCAUCGUAAGCAUAUGUCCCAGGGCUGUCAGCAAAUAGGACCUGUCAGCUCAGUUUAGCAGAAUAACAUCUCAGCCGCGUGUCUGUUUCUCUCUGUCUCACCCCGGAG